AUGUAUUCAGCGCCCUCCGCCUGCACUUGCCUGUGUUUACACUUCCUGCUGCUGUGCUUCCAGGUACAGGUGCUGGCGGCCGAGGAGAACGUGGACUUCCGCAUCCACGUGGAGAACCAGACGCGGGCUCGGGACGAUGUGAGCCGUAAGCAGCUGCGGCUGUACCAGCUCUACAGCCGGACCAGCGGGAAGCACAUCCAGGUCCUGGGCCGCAGGAUCAGUGCCCGCGGCGAGGACGGGGACAAGUAUGCCCAGCUCCUAGUGGAGACAGACACCUUCGGUAGUCAAGUCCGGAUCAAGGGCAAGGAGACGGAAUUCUACCUGUGUAUGAACCGGAAAGGCAAGCUCGUGGGGAAGCCCGAUGGCACCAGCAAGGAGUGUGUGUUCAUUGAGAAGGUCCUGGAGAACAACUACACAGCCCUGAUGUCCGCCAAAUACUCUGGCUGGUACGUGGGCUUCACCAAGAAGGGGCGGCCACGGAAGGGUCCCAAGACCCGGGAGAACCAGCAGGACGUGCACUUCAUGAAGCGCUACCCCAAGGGACAGGCAGAGCUGCAGAAGCCCUUCAAGUACACCACGGUGACCAAGAGGUCCCGGCGGAUCCGCCCCACGCACCCAGGCUAGGCUGGCCCCACCGCAGCCCCCCAGGCUGCCCCCAGGCCCACACUCACACUCACAGAGAACUG